AUGGAGGCCGGCGAGGACGCCCGGGCGGCGCGCGGCGAGGGCCCGCGGCCGCUGGCGCUCUGCGUGCUCUGCGGCCUGCCCGCCGCCGGCAAGUCCACCCUCGCGAGGGCCCUCGCCCACCGGCUGCGGCGGGAGCGGCGCUGGGCCGUCGGCGUCGUCGCCUACGAUGACGUCAUGCCGGACGCGUUCCUGGCGGAGGAGGACGCGCGGCCAUUGCCGUCCCGCUGGAAGUCGCUGCGCCAGGAGCUGCUGAAGGACCUGGAAUGCUUCCUGCGUGCCGUCCUGCACGGGGACCCGCUGUCGGCGCCGCCCGGUGGGACGGAGGCCCUGUGGGAGGCGCUGGUCACCUGCCUGCGGGGCCAGGCCCUGCUGCCUCCCGCCGCGGAGGGCCCGUCCCACUGCCGCCCGACCCCGGCCGCGUCCAGGCCUUUGCUUCUGAUUUUAGAUGACAACUUCUAUUACCGAAGCAUGAGAUACGAGGUCUACCAGCUGGCUCGCAAGUACUCGCUGGGGUUUUGCCAGCUCUUUCUAGAUUGUCCUCUGGAGACCUGCGUGCAGAGGAAUAGCCAGCGGUCAGGGGCGCUGCCCGCCGAGACCAUCCGCCUGAUGGGGGCGAAGAUGGAGGAGCCCAACCCCGAGAAAAACGCCUGGGAGCACAACAGCCUCAUGGUGCGGAGCCCCGCGUGCUCGGCCUCGGCCAGCCCCGAGCUGACCGGCCUCCUGCUCGCUGCUCUGGAAAACCCCGUGAACUGUGUCGAGGACAACGCGGAGCAAAAGGAAACUGACAGAAUUAUUUGUUCAACCAACACGCUCCACCAAGCUGAUCAGACGCUGCGAAGGAUUGUCUCUGAGACAAUGAAGGAAGCAAAAGAUGCGCAUGUGCGGCCUCCCGACCUGAAGCUCCUGGCGGCGGCGCUGAACCAGCUCCGGGCAGAGCUGCUGCGGGACCUGAGGCUCGGCCACAAGGCACCCCUGUGCUCGCAGGCCCUGGGCAUCCCCGACGUGGUUGCUCUUUUUCAUGAUGAGAAAGACAGCCUCGUGCAGAAGUACUUUCCAAAGCAGCAUUAACAUCUCCAUUUCCAAUCAAAGGUCUGAUUUUGGUGAGGAUUUCGCAAACUGACUACAAUUUUGAAUUACUGCAUAUUCUCUAGGGCGAUGACAGGAGUUGCCAGACUUAUUGUUCAUAAAAAUCAGAUCCGUUUGUCGUAACAGAAAUGACUGUCAUCCACCUGUCGCACGUGACGUGGAUGACAAGCCUCAGAGGCUGCCUCCCUGGUUGCUGUGCCAGGACCGCAGGAGGCCCCUGCGAGGGGCUUUAAUAAAGCGAAGAAACUAGAAAGGAGACUGUGGGUGUGUGGAGCUUUUGUUUCUAAGCCAUGUGACAGAGCUACUCAUGGGUGAGGCAUUCUACAAAUUCCAACAAUGUAGCUGUAAGCCUUGUGUUUUAAUUAAACAGUUAAUUGGAUCCUACUUCUCAAAAAAGAAUGGCAAACAUAGGAAGUGUUACUUUUUAUUCACAUAUUACAGAGGCAAAGCUUCUUGCACAGGAACUACACACCGGGCAUGGUAUUUCAGCACUGAUCUCUUUCUGCAAUCCCUAGACAGGUUUUUGCAAUCAUACUCGUUUUGCAUACAAAGUAUGUUCUUUACAUCAAAGUACAUAUUAACAAAAACACGUUCUAGAAAUCAUAUACCCUCUAAAACUAGUGGAAAAAUCCUUAGUAGGCAAUUUUUAAAAAUAAUACAGCCAUUUGAUAUUUUUGUAGAACUUAAAAUGAGGUUUAUUUCUGAACAUUUAUUUAGCAAUAUUCCCUUUAUCAAACAGUUCUGCAGAUGAAUGGCAAACACCUUUUUCUAAAAUGAAAUAGCACUGGAAAAUAGCCAAUAGAAUUUUUUCAAAGUAGAAGUCUAGCCUUUACUUGAAUUUCAAGAAGUUGUAGCUAAAUACUACAUUAGUAAAAUCUGAAAUAAAGUUAUUCCAUAUUAAUUUUUUCACAGUUUCUUAAAAAAAUAUUAGUGGAGAUAAAUUAUCUACCAACUUUAAAAAUCUAAACUUAUGUUCACUGAACAAAAAUAAAUUCUUUCAGAACAUUGCCUGUUAACAGCAAAAUACUAUGAACAUUGCAUGUUAAACUUUCCAAACACCUCAUUUCUAUAAAACAGGAUUAAAUAUAAAAUGGGAUAAAUAUACUCAAUACUUAAUGGAAGAUACAUUUAACGCAGACUUAAGUGAAACCCUAAAUCUCCUCAAAAACAAAACACUACAGAGCCCUAAGGCAGAUUCGCUCAAGGACUUGCGUGCAUUGAGCCGUAACUGACUUCCAGGCAUCAGGCCUUUGUUACACCAACUGCGCCGAGUCUCAGGGAAAAGAGUCAUACAUUCGAGUUUGUAAUUAUGAAAAAAUGUCUACGGUGAAAGUAAAAUGCACCUUCAAAACAUCCAUCUUUAGUUGUCAGAAAAAAUAUAGGUCACUAUCUGGCCCAGAAUGCAGUUAAUAAGCUGGUUUUAACAAGA